UCUCUUCCUAUUUGUGGUGUUUAUGUCAACGUGUUCAUUGCUAUGCCUCAUGCUUCAAGUACUGUUACUGUAAUGAAAUAAGAAGAGAACGUAAACAGAACCCUAUAAAUUCGGCCGUUCACUAAAACUCAGCGCCUUUUUUGUUGGUCUGCGGAUCGAGGUUUCCCUUCUUUGCCUUAUCAAGAACUGACAGUGUGCAUAAUCUCAACAUGGAAAAGGAAAAACAAAUCCGAAAGUUACAACAAGAUAAUUCCACUCUUCAUGAAUCAGAGAAACAUUUGAUGAGAAAAACUGACAGUGUGCAUAAUCUCAACAUGGAAAAGGAAAAACAAAUCCGAAAGUUACAACAAGAUAAUUCCACUCUUCAUGAAUCAGAGAAACAUUUGAUGAGAAAAAUAGAAACACUACAAGCAAAUUUCAACACUGUUAAAGAAGAGAAGACUCUUAUAAACAAUGCCUUGUUCAAAAAAGAAAAGGAAAUUUCAGUACUAAACCACGAACUUAGAAGCUUACAAAACAAGGAUGAUAUUAGAAAAGAAACAGAGAAGCAGAAGCAAGCUGUCAGUUUAGAACAAAAAUCUGUUCAAAUCGAGCUUGAUCAAGUCAAGGCAAGAUUGACUGAACAAAACAAGGAGAUGAAAGCAGUGAAAGACAAUGAACUCAGAAUACAGUCUGCCAUGAAUAAUCUUGAAACAGAAAACAUGUCCCUGCAAUCUGAACUCCAAAAACUUAGAACAAGUCUAGAAGAGUUGCAGAAGAAGUCGGACCAUAUGAAAAGAGAAAAAACAGAUAAAGAGAAACGUUACCGUAAUGUAGAAAAGAAAAGCAGAGAGUAUGAGGAGGAGGUGAAAGAACUAAGGAGGCAGCUCAAGAGCUUUCAAGAAACAACAUAUGACAACAGAAAAGAGUCAGAAAAAGAGGCACAUGUUCUCCUUAGAGAAAACAAAGCUCUUCAAGGCGAGCUUGAACAAAUUAAAUCAAGACGUCGUUCGGAUGCUGAAGAAAUGAAAUCCAUGGUGAACGAAAAUGAAGAUAACAAACAACUCCACCUGAGAGCAGUGAAAGAAGUGAAAGACAAAGAACGAGAAAUUACUGAUCUACGGAGACAGCUUAGAGGAUGUCAUUUGGAUGCUGAAGAAAUGAAAUCCAUGAUGAACAAAAAUGAAGAUAACAAACAGCUCCACCUGAGAGCAGUGAAAGAAGUGAAAGACAAAGAACGAGAAAUUACUGAUCUACGGAGACAGCUUAGAGGAUGUCAUUUGGAUGCUGAAGAAAUGAAAUCCAUGAUGAACAAAAAUGAAGAUAACAAACAGCUCCACCUGAGAGCUAUGAAAGACAAAGAACGAGAAAUUACUGAUCUACGGAGACAGCUUAGAGGAUGUCAUUUGGAUGCUGAAGAAAUGAAAUCCAUGAUGAACGAAAAUGAAGAUAACAAACAGCUCCACCUGAGAGCUAUGAAAGACAAAGAACGAGAAAUUACUGAUCUACGGAGACAGCUUAGAGGUCUCCAAGGAAUGGAGAAAAAAUUGGAUCUUCUGAAAAGAGAAAAGGCAGAUAAAGAAAAAGAUUACAGGAAUGUAGAAAAGAAAAACAGAGAGAAAGAGGAGGAGGUGACAGAACUAAGGAGAAAGCUCAAGAGUCUUCAAGCUUCUUCUGAACGUACUGCUCAGGAAAAUGAAAUAACACAACAGAUUUGUUUAAAAUUGAAAGAAGAGCAAAGGUCUAAGGAAACAGAAUUACAGAAAUUAAAAACAGAAAUUUCAAGUUUACAACACAGACUGAGUGAUCAGAGCUUGCAAACGAAGAAGGCGUUUAUACUUCAACAAGCAAGUCAAAAUUUUGAACUGGCGAAAAAAGAGAAGAUGGAUGUAGAACAAUAUUAUUGGCACAUAAAGAAGAACAAUAAGAAAAAGCAGCAAGAAAUAGAAGACCUCAGGCGAGACCAUAACAGAGAAAUUGAAGAUUAUAAAGCAAAAAUUGUCGCAUUAAAAGAAAGCAGGGAUCAGCUUUUGAACAGACUCAGCCGCAUUGCGGGUGCUAAAUUGAAAGACAACAACUCAAACACAACUGAUUAACAGACCAGUAAAAGUUGCUGAGCACUUUAGUGAACUUUAGCUCGAAGAAUGGACAAAUCCGUUAGAAAAUCUCACCGAAGCAAAAGCAGACGCUUCGUGAAAUAGUGGUAGUAUAACUUCGGUUCAAAUCCAGAGAUUAGGUAAACUUCAUUUAAAGUUUCACCUAUAAAUUGCACUUGAAACUCACUAUCUCAAUAAUUUCAACAGAGAUCUCUACAUCGACAUUAUUUUCAUAGGCAUCAAAGCACCUUGGAAACUUUUAUGCCUGUAGUAGGAACAGCCAUUAUAUGUGUAAAAAUUAUCACAAUUUCAUGUGCAAAAGUCACAACUAACACUAAAACAUAAUUUAUUUAUGACAUAUUUUGUCAUUACGUUAAAUUCUUAGAUUGAGAUUUUUUAAUUUUUCAUGGUGCAUCUAUUAUGGAAAUUAUAGAACGGUAGUUAAGCCAAUCUUGCAUAUGAAGCAGCGAAAUAUUGAAUUUAAGUACAACGUGGUCAAGUUGUAAUGACAUCUGAUUGAUUAUUAAGCACAACUCUCAACUUUCGUAUACAAAUUUGCACUUAUCAUAUAUGUAGAUAAAAAUAAACCAUGUGAAAUGUG